CUUGAUUUUUGGCAAACAGUACCAAUGGAAGAUCAGACUUACCAAAAAAGAGUAGAAAUCAUAGCCCAAGCUGUGUCACUUGUGGUGAGGAACAGCAGACGGGAAGAAUUCCGACAGGCGGUCUUCGCUCGGACACAGUCCUCAAACUCAGCUGAAGUUCAAGAAUUUAUACAGAACACGUUACUAGAACGAAAAUCUGAGCAGAAAAAUAAGAGACCCAGAUUGACAGUUCCAUCGAGCAAGAACAAGGCAGCAAAAGAAAAUAGAUUGGAUAAACAACAGGACGAUAAAGAAAAUCUCUUCACGGGGAACCAAAUUCCACCAUCGCAGUCGAAUGCAAAUAGCAACCAGAUUCAACAACGUAGAACGUAAUUUUAAGAUAGUAAAAUUGCGCCUAAUUUUAAGGUAAUAAAAUCAAGCUUAAUUUUAACACUUUUGUUUUUAAGCCAAAAUGGCUGCGCUGUGUUUUUAAAUUUUCGUUUUAAAUAAUUACUCAUCACUUAUUUUUACAUGCUCAAUAAACACUCAAUCCUUUGAAAUUAUUUUUUAUUACUACUCUCUGCGUUUUCAACCUCAAUUACCUACACUUGAACACACACUUUAAACAGUUGAGAAAAGUGUGUUUAAUAACUACCUUUACGGGGUUGUGGCUGGCGCAUUUAGUUCUCUAGGUACUUGAAAAACUUAAAAGGUACCCUUCUACCCAUAACAGUACAAUACCGAGGAGAGUCGAGCAUUCAAACAUUUAUGGACCUAUUGAUGGCAAAAUUUUAAAAAUACAUA